UGCACCCUCAAAAAGAGCUUUUAAUCGCAAUUAUAUGACCACUCUGCACAAAAAUGCCGGAAGUAUGAUGAUAUCAGAGAAUCGCUUCAAUUAAUAGGAAUUAAAAAUUGUGCAUGUUUACUUUUGUAAAGGUUGACUAAUGCGAUUAUUUGAUAACGUCGGUCAUACAAAAACUGCUUAGUUUUCUGAAGCAUUACUAGAUUAAAUUAAUGAGUGUCAAGAAAUAUUUUUAGUCGAACGAAAGUAAAGUUCAAUCAGUUAAAUGCGGUGCAGGACUCGAUAUGAAAUACAAAAACAGUUGCAGCCGAGACAAAGGCGAGAUAAAACCGUAAUCACGAUGAACUUGGACUAUGAACCAAGAGUGACAAAAGUCAGUUAAGUAAACAAAUACUUGUAUUAAUAACCUAAUAAAUGAGUUCCAUUCCAAAUCAGUAACUUUUUGGCCUUCUGAAGCUCACCACGUUGAUAAAAAUAGUUAUUAAUUCUCAUAACCGAAAUUGUCCUAAAAUGAGUUCUGACUGGCGACUACCUUUCGCCACAGGGAGGGAACAAUUCCAUUACGUGUUCCACAAUGGGACAUUUUCCGACGUGAACUUGGUAAUUGAUGGAGUGGACAUUUCUGCCGUGGACAAACAGGUCAUUCCGUCCCAUUCGCUAGUUUUGAAGGUUCGGUCGUCAGUUUUUGAAAAACUUUUGGAGAAAAUUCCCAUUGGUUCGGGGGGACGUAGGGAGAUUACUAUUCAAGGAUUUGAAGCGUCUGAAGUGAAAAAGUUUAUACAGUUUCUGUAUACCGACGAAUUGGAAACUGGUUCUCCCCACGAGGCGCAAAAAAUAUUGCACUUGGCGAAAAAGUAUAAGGUCCACGGUCUCGUGUCGAGGUGUACGGCGUAUCUGCUGUCGACGCUUUCUCCCAAGUGCGCUACAUCAAUAUUUCAAGCUGCUAAAGACCACAAUGAAAUCGAGUUGGAAGGGAAAGCUCUUCAGUUUAUUAUAAACAAUGCGACUGAAGUGCUGGAAGAAGACGACUUUUCAUCCCUAAGUCAAAUUAACCUGUGUGAAGUUUUGGACAAGAACGAAUUGGAUAUUAACGAGAUCGACUUGUUCCUUGGAAUUUUGAAAUGGGCACGCAAGGAAUGCACCCGUUACAAAAUUCAGGACACACCUAAGCACAUUCGACUCGUGCUGAAGGAAGCAUUAAACUUGAUCAGAUUUCCUACAAUGACUAAAGAAGAUUUUGCAGAGAAAGUUGUUCCCACGGGAGUUUUGAGUGAAAGGGAAGUUACUGAAGUUAACCGUUAUUUUGAUGCGACUCCAGAAAAUAGGCAGUUUGUAGUCCCUUCCACUUUCUCGAGCAAACCACGAAUUGGAUUUGGUCAGGAAGAAUGGCUCGAUUUGACAAAAACUGACGAACAAAACCACAAACUUUUGGCAAAGUUUGCCCUAAAGAAAGUCCGUAGUAACAGUGGUAAUACUGCAACUAAUCCCAAAUCCGUUCGUGUCUCCAGCGUCAUCGUAGAAAUCGAGACUAAACCGGACUCCAUGACCCUUGACAAAUUACAAGAUGAGAUUUUCAAAAUUACAAAGUACGGCCUGUACUGGGGAGCUGGAAGUGUGACGCCAGAAAAUAAACUUCUCGUAUCAUUUGCUGCCGAAGAAAACCGUUCAUACGGAGUGGGAUCGGUCAUUGAAGAAAUUCAAGACGGAUUUCCAGACCAAGUCAAACUUGCAUACGUAAAGUCUUACAAGGACGAUAUCACCAUCCACUUAUAAAAUUUUAGGGAGGAGAAACGCGUUAG